AUGGGUAUCGAUGGUAUCGUGUUCGAAGGACCGCCCGUGGCCGCGUGGGUACCGUCUCUCGCCGCUUUUGACGCGCCGUGGUCGGAAUCGUGUAGAGUUAUGUGCGAUGUGUGGCAGCAGAGUUGCUACACGAUCCACUCAAUUUGCAUGCGACGUAUUAAUCGCACGGAAGCGUGGAAAUGUAUGUCUUACACGAGCACCGCUCUCGCCUGUUUCGAAUACAUUGGUCGGUGCCUGAGAAAUUGGAGUAGCGUCAUCAUCGUCGGCGCCACAUCUAAAGGCAGAAGUCAUCGGUGGUCUGUAAGUGCCCACUCCGCUCACGACAUUGACGGUGGCAAGUUCGUGUUACGUCACACGCCCGAGAGCGAGCGUAAUCCAGAAAAAUCGCCCGCUCCGCGAAAGCGCUCGAUCGCCCGGUUCGUAUUUCCCUCCCCCGGUACAAGCGAGUCGAGUGCAUUCGACGUGACGGGAUUACGUGGAUUAGUUACGGCCGGGACUGGGUUG